AUGUUUGCCUUCACGCUCGGCAGUACCGUGACCACCCUCUCUGUGCUUGGCCUUUGUACAGGAGGGCUGUCGGCGACCUCACGUAUCCAAUCACGCAGCGGAAAAACACCGAGCCUGGCUUUCGAUCCAGCAACCACGUCCUACUGCUCUUGGUGGAUCGACUACGAUGGUUCCAUGACCUGUCAGGAAGUCCUCGACGACAAUUGGAUUGAGCUAGAUGCAUUUCGCCGCUGGAACCCUUCUAUCGGCGCUGACUGCACUGGCCUUGUGUCCGGCAAUAGCUUUUGCGUCGAGGCUGUCAAGGAGCCCGCACCAACAACGACCCAGAAAACGUCCGGCACACCUAGCUCAUCGAGUUCCAAAGCCAAAACGCCCACUUCCAAGCCCACGUCGUCACCUUCUCCCGUUCAAUCAACCCCUACCAGCGUCGUCACUAGCAGUGCCACUCCGACUUCUAGUAACGGCGUGGCUACACCCUCGCCCAUUCGCCCUGGGAUGGUGAGCAACUGCAAAACCUUCCACUUCGUCGAAUCGGGAGACAACUGCGGCACAAUGGCUGAAAAGUAUGGCAUAGGCACUGCCGACGUUAUUGCGUGGAACGGACUCAAUAAUGCAUGCACCAAUUUAUGGCAGGACACAUAUGCCUGCGUGGGCAUAAUCGGUGGCUCACCCAGCCCUUCUCCUACAACUUCAGUUCCGUCUGGCAAUGGUGUUUCGACUCCGACGCCUGUGCAGCCACGGAUCGUAAAGAACUGCAACAAAUUUUUCUUCGUUGAAUCAGGAGAUACAUGCGACGUAAUCAACCAGAAGACUGGCGCGCGAGUAGCCGAUAUCGUUGCAUGGAAUGGACUGAACAGCGGAUGCACCAACAUCUGGGGCGACACGUAUGCAUGCAUCGGUGUCAUCGGCCAGUCCCCGACCACAACUACACCAUCCCCGACGCAGACGUCCAGCGGACCCACAACACCUUCACCCAUUCAAUCCGGGAUGACUAAAGGCUGCACCUUGUGGCACUUUAUUGGCGGUUCUACAACAUGUCAGCAGGUCCUGAGCUACCAGAAGAUCACGAUGGCGCAGUUCUACAAGUGGAAUCCGGCUGUCAAGGCAGACUGCAGUGGCUUGUGGAAAGAUACCUAUGCUUGUGUCCGCGGACCAUAG